AUUCAACAUGUAACUGUAAUGAAACAAAACUGAAAUGAUAACAUUAAGAUUGUUUAUUGGAACCUUUUUGUAUUCCGCUACAGCAGACUCUAUCUCAGACGACUGUCGAUUGCCAGGAGUUUUAUAUCAAGGAACGAAAAACGUAACAGAAACUGGUAGACCAUGUCAACGAUGGGAUACACAGAUCCCACAUGAACACGCUUAUGAUACGUUUCGCCUUGCCAAAGAGAACUACUGUCGGAACUUCGAUAGAGAGGAGCCAUGGUGCUUUACCAAUGACACGGAUGUCCGCUGGGAACUCUGUGGCGUGGAAGUGUGUGAAACCCCGUGCCUUAAUCAGUCUUUUUAUACAACAGAAAUAAAAAACCUGUGUGUUCAUAAUAUCCCAAGUGAUAGUGAAUAUUGCAGCAAUAUAUUAAACCUGGUCUCAUGUUUGAAGAAGAAUAUAGAAAACCUCAUUGCUUCCAAUUGUUCCCAGAUUACAUGGCGAUCUAUUGCUCUGCAAAUGAAGGACACUUUAGAAGACUUAACAGGGAAAUCCAUCUCUCAAUGUGAGUGAAAAGAAGUUUUCUCACUUUUCGAUG